AUGUAUUCUCUACAAACUGAAGUUCAACUAGAUAUUUUAAAAUGUCUUAAUUUCAACCAAUUAUUUUCUUUUAAACAAACAAAUCUUCACUUUCUUAAUUUAAUUAAUAAAUAUGAAAAUGAAUUGGCACGAAUUAAAUUCGAUGAACUCAAAAUAUGGAAAACAGCGAUAGCUGAAUCAAUUUCUUUGUUUUCAAAGUAUUUUGUAUCAUGCAAAAAUUUUAUUGGUUUAUUUUUUCACGACAAAAAAUUUCGUCAUUGCUUUUUGGAUUUGCCAAACUUUCCAAAAAAUAUAGAGGAAAUGAUUAUUCUUCGAUACUGGUUGGAACGACUUUUUAAUUGUGCUUUUGAAUAUGCCUAUUUUAAUAAAAUUGUAUUUAAUCCAAAAAUUAUUGAAUUGUUAUUUGAUAACGACUAUACAAUUCCUCUGCAAUUUCAUAUACAGAAAUUCUAUCUAUUAGUACAGAAUAAUAUAUGUGAUGAUAUUUCCAAAUUUGUUUUGAAUCACCUAACAAUUUCCGAAUCUCUUACAAUCAAUUUUAAACAGGCUGAUAUUAAAGAAAAAAAUAUAAAUAUUUUAUUUAAAAUUUUAACAAAUGGACGUCAAAGAUUACCAAAAGUUUGUCUCAAUAGUGUUGAUUUGGCAAGGCUAUAUGAACUUAUUAUACAACAUAUAACAACAUCCAAAGACUUUUCAAAAAUGGUCCCUGUUAUUAUUUUAAAUUACAUUUUAUUAUCAAAUUUUGAAUUGAACGAGAAAGCUGAAAAUGUUGAAAGUGAACAAUUUGCUUUCGGAAAAUCUAUAAAAUACCAAAUUGUCAAUACUUACAAUCCAAAAAUGAGAUUUUCUUUUUGCAAUGAAGAAUGGAUGUCCGGUCAAACUCAUCGCAUUCAUGUCAAAAUUAUGAAAGCGGAACCUUUAUAA